ACAAAGUGAAAACGCAUCUCAGUGAGAUGAUCCCGCUCCGUCCUCCUCACGCGUUACAAAGCCCACACGGAUUCACAAGGACACGCUUUAACCACCUCUGACGCAUUCAGGACGGUUCAUUUUUUUUUUUAAUUUUCCCCCGGCUCCUUUGUUUUGUGUUUUGGACGGAAAUCUGUCUCUCUCUUUUUUUUUGUCCGCGGGAUACCGAUGGCCACCACCACCAUCCCCAGCAUCAGCACCACCACCACCACCACCACCGGAGGGCCGUCGGGCCAGCCAGGACGGCCGGGAUUCAACCAGCACACCUAGCAGGCUGAGGAGGCCCACAUCAGACCUAGCUGCCUUAACUGACCUUUGACCUUCAACCAGUGGAGAACAGCAGGACUCAUCGUCAUCAUUGUUAUCAUCAUCUAGCCUCCUCAUCAUGAUGCAGCAGAGAGUCAACUGAUAAAAUCUGAAAGAUGACAAAGAGUAGGAGGAGGAGGGAGCCGAGAGACGCUGAGUGGGAACAAAAUUAGGACAAAGAGGAUGUGAAUGUGACACUGACCUUUUCCUCAUGUGCUGUUCAUUGACCCACGUUCCCUGUAACAAACUCAACAUUUCAAUCCAGCAUCAAAAACCAAAAAACUUCCAGCUUCUUAACAAUGUAGAGGACGGCAGCAAUGAUUGUUGAUUCACAAGCUGUCAUAUUGAGUCGCUGAACACCAUCAUAGAUGACGACGAUUGUCUCUUACUGAUUAAAUCUGGAGCUGAAACUGUUUCAGCCAAGUUUUUAUAAAUUUAAAAACAAAGACAGCAAAUAAGAUUGUGUUACAGAUAAAGGGCAAAGACAACCAAAUCUCAUCAACAAGAUUGUACAACAAACUGGAGAUACACUGGAAUAAAAGUAGGAAAAGAAAACGAUCUACAGUUUGUACAGAAACACAUUUUUGAACGUCAGGAAUCAAAGCAGAGUGAGAAUCCACGAUGACGCAUCUACAUGCUGGUCUGAGCUCAGAGACGACGGAGAAGGCUCGCUUAGAGCUGAAUGAAAACCCAGACACUCUGCAUCAAGACAUCCAGCAGGUGCGGGACAUGAUCGUGACACGGCCUGACAUCGGUUUUCUGCGGACGGACGAUGACUUCAUCCUCCGUUUCCUGAGAGCCAGGAAGUUUGACCAGGUGGAGACGUUCAGGCUACUUGCCCAGUACUUCCAGUUCAGACAGCAGAACCUCGACAUGUUCCAGAGCUUCAAGGUGGAUGACCCCGGUAUCAAGCGGGCGUUAAUGGACGGUUUCCCCGGCGUGCUGGAGACUCCAGACCAACAUGGCCGAAAAAUCCUCAUCCUGUUCGCUUCCAACUGGGACCAGAGCAGGAACUCCUUCACAGACAUCCUGCGAGCGAUCCUCCUUUCUCUGGAGGUUUUGAUAGAGAACCCGGAGCUCCAGAUAAAUGGUUUCAUCCUCAUCAUUGACUGGAGCAACUUCUCCUUCAAACAGGCCUCUAAGCUCACACCCAACAUCCUCAAACUGGCCAUCGAGGGCCUUCAGGACAGUUUUCCGGCUCGAUUUGGAGGGAUCCACUUUGUGAAUCAGCCAUGGUAUAUUCACGCCAUGUACACAAUCAUCAAACCGUUCCUUAAAGACAAGACCAGGAAAAGGAUCUUCCUCCACGGUAACAACCUGAACUCGCUCCACCAGCUCAUCCAGCCCGAGUGUUUGCCGUCAGAGUUCGGUGGGACUCUUCCUCCGUACGACAUGGGGAUCUGGGCUCGAACACUGCUUGGACCCGAUUACAACGACGAGACCGAGUACACACUGACCUACGAUGCGCUGCAUGUCAGGGAGAACUGUGGAGGAGGAGGAGGAGACAAGGAGAUGAUGAAGAGGUCUCAGUCAGCAGUGGAACCAGGAACUCUCCGACAAACGGACAGAGAGACUAGCACACCACUACUUGCCCUGGACUGAACACACACACACACACACACACACACACACACCCUAGAGCCGUCACACACGCAGAUCUAUCAGCACACACACAUGUACAGAUGACAACAAACCACAACAUCCACUUUGACACACGCACCAGCUGUGUAUUAAGCUGGUGGAUCUGAACUUGCGUCCUUUAGUCCUGUUGACCUGAACUCUGACAGUGACUGCACGUCUUGUACAGGACACACACACACACCCACCCACACACGCAAACAGUCUGUCCUGUCUCUGAGCCGUCUAAUGCCUCCCAGCUGAGCCUCUCUCCAGCCAGCAGCAGCAUCUGUCCUGAUGUCCACGACGAUACAUAACACACUCUGAUGAGUGUUUGUUCGUCUGCUUCACAUUUUGUUAAUUCUAUCAGAAACAAACAGGAAUGUAUGACAAACACAACUGAUCUUUUUCUGUGAGCCAAGUCAUAAAAGGAUGUGUUGAAACUUUAUUUAAACCUCAGAGAACAGACUGACAAAAACAACAAUGAAACAUAAAGUCAUUUCAAUAAUUAAGAAGCAUUUAAAGCAGGUUGCACCAACAAGGAUUCAGUCAAUCAAAGUUUUUUUAAAUUCUGGUUCAACAUGAUUAACCCGCUGGUUUAAAUAUUAAUCCAUAUAGUUUCAGAAACGAGCAUCUUUCCACCAAACUCCACUCACUUUUUUGUUUAAUUUUGGUGAAAUAUGUUUUUACAGUUGUUUUUUUUCACAAGUUUUAAAUAUGUUAUUUUUCAGCAAGAAAAUUUCUCAAACAAGAAUCUUUUCACCAAACUCUACCUCCUUUUUUAAAUUUUUUUUUUGUGAAAUAUAUGAACGCAAUUGCACAGCUGUUCAGUUUUAGAAACAAGCAUCUCUCCACUGAACCCCAGUCACUUUUUCUUUUUAUAUUUAGUGAAAUAUGUUGAUACAUUUUUACAGAUUUUGUAUGAAAUAGACCUUAUUGCACAUUUAUUUGUUUGACUUCUAUUUUGGGUGUUAUCAUGCUCUAAGUUUUGAAACUACAGCUCCCAUAAUGCUUCAGGGGAAGUAAAAUGGAAAAUAAUGUUGCCUUGGAGCUACACCUUGAGGGCUUUUUACAUUUUGGCAAUUUGUCUUCAUUACAAUUAUGCUGAAUUAUCUAUUAGCAGCUCCUGUUUGCAGCGUACCCAUGGCUGUACAGACAACUAUCACUGGAUUACUGUGAUACUAAGAAAAACCUAAAAACGUGAUGAUUCCCAAGCAAGUUCUGCAUUUAUAAGACCCUUCUUUUUUCUAUGAUUUUUCAGUAGAUUCAUUAAUGUCACAUUGAAUCUAAAAAUACACCUUUCAUGUCUGUGAGUUAAAAUUUGAAUGAAUUAUGAGUGUGAGGAGUGUGAUUUUUGACACUCCUCCUCCUCCUGCUUACCUCUCAGUUUGAAAAUCUCUGGAAGUUGAUUGACAGAAAAUUAUGCACAAACAAAUCUGAUGUAUAAUUAAUUGCUGUAAGUCGUUUACCAAAAGAAAACAGUUUCUCCAAAUGUAAGAAUUACCUGUUUUUCUCUGUUUUACAUCAUAGAAAAACUGAAUGUGUUUGAGUUUUACACUGUUGGUUGACAUUUGAAGACUUAAGUUUAGACCCUCAAACCUCAAACACAUUUCAUAGACUAAAGAAUGAAUUGGUCAAACCAAAAUGAUUUUUAGAAAUUAAUUUAAAGUUGCAGCCCUAAAUAAAGGUGUAUUAGUAGAACAAACUCAGUUUAAUGAUUCAAACCAGGUGAAUAUUGGGUUUAAAUUCAUCAGAUGGAAAACUUCCACAUUAAUCUUGAUUAAUUUAGGUUUAGAUUUGGAAUGAUAACAUUAAUCAUGUUUAAUCCAGGCUUAAAGAGAAUCCUUGUUGGUGAAAUUCAGCCUUAAAUGUUUUAAAAAGAGGGUUUAUCUUCAGUGUUUUCUGAACUGUGAAUCUAGAAUCUAAAAUUAGUUUCUGGAUGGUUCUGACAUGGCGGCUCCAUCACUACUCCAACAUCUUUAUACUUGCUGGAUUUUUUCCCUCAGAAUACUUUGAAUUUAACUGACUUUUAAUGUCCUGAAACCUGAAAGGGAAAUAAAUUCAGUGGAGGAGGAAACAUUUCCACAUCAGUUAUCAGAGGAAGGAAGGACAACACAAAAAAGAAACUUCACUUUGGGAGAAAAAUUUCACCUUCUUUCUUUCAACAACAAAAACCAAGGCAACUUUGCACAAGCAUUACAAAAUAAAAGUACUGUACAUGUCACCACAAAUCUGCAGAUACUCUAACUGGAUCACAUGCAUGAAAACUUCAGUUCUACCAGAGUGAAAUAUUUCUUUUUGAGUGAAGUGAAGAAACCACAGGAUGCCAAAUUAUCACCUUUAACCUCGACUGCAGUGAAGGGAAAGAUUGUUUUUAUUGAAUCUAACUUAUUAUUAUGAAGAUUGUAUAUUAUUGUUAUAAGUAUUAUUAUGCUGCAAAAAAGUGACACACUUGGCUGAACUUAUCGUGAGAUAUUUAAAGUCUAAUUAUCUUUCAUUUCUGCAGGGUAACUUAUUUUAAACUAGAAAAUCUCAGAGCAACAACAACUCGUUGAACGUCAUGUUUGCAGGUCGAUAAUUUCACUUUAAAAAUAUCUUGAUAUAAUGUGGAUUAUUUGUAAAAUAAAAAGGCCAAGUUUGUCAAGAGUUUUUGCAGUGUGUUUGACUCAUCAUCAGGGCUACACUGAGCAGUGAUCUGAUCUCCACUCGACUGUCAUGUAAUGUAUUUCCUUUCAAUGAAUGUAUAGAAGUAAACAUUUACACCAACGUGA